AUGGAGAUCGAGGUCGACGAAGAUCUCUUGCGGACGGUCGCGACAGGCGGCGAAAUGGACUACGGUCUUUGGCCCGCCCUGUCGCAAGGAAUCAUCUCGAGGCUAGAUAAGAUCGCUCACAAUGAAUUUCCUAUUCCGAACCUACCCACCCCUCCUCCUCAACCCAUUAACGCGCCAGGCCAACAACCGCGACUCCUCUCGCCGCUCCCCUCAUCCUCCAUCGAUGCCGCCAGCAGCCGGCCGUCAUCACAGGAUGCCGACAAAGAGAACAGCCAACCAAACGAAGCCGCGCCGUCCAAGGUCCCCGUCGAAAGUGGCGCUGACGCUGACGCAGCUGUCGCGGAUGCGCCGCCUGCCACCGUCUUGGGAUCUCUCCCCGCUCAGAUCGAAGCCAUGCUCGUCGAGAUCAACUCUGUUCUGUCCACCUUCCCAAAGUACCCGCCGCACACGAUCCAGCGCCUCGCCGAGCUCGUCCUCGAGCCGCGCCGCCACUACCGCCACCUGGCAUCCUACCUUCAUGCUGUCGACCGCGUUGUUCACGUCACCAGCGGCGCAAACACUUACCCACUCCCGCCAGCCAUACCCGACAUGUCCACCAUGACCUUGCUCUCCAACGGCAGCGCAAACGGCCAGGAGGCUAACAAUCCAGCGGCCUCGGUCGCCUGGAGCAACUCGACGAACUCGGUGGCCUCGACCGUCGGAACCGACGAAGCCCUCGGCGGCGCUUUACUAACCCCGAUCCCAUGGCUCACACGCCGCCCGAGUCCCGUUUCCUCCUCGCCGGCCUCCUCCAAUGGGGGUGGGCCGGCCGAGAUCCGUACCGAGUCGACAGAGACUAUUGACGGCCCCAACGGCGUCGGAAGCAUCGAGACUGUCAGUGUCAGCGUUAAUGGCAUACCGUCCAUGGGUGCCAGCAGCAGCAACCGCGCGAUAACACAAGGUGAGUUACUGCGACAAGAGCAGGAGCAGGGCGUCGUUCCAGUCAACCAACUCGUGCGACAAGCAGAAGAAGCACAACACGCCGCCGCCCUGCGAAGCGGGGACGGUGGCAGAGCCAGCAGCCCCGAGAAGCAGCAGCAGGGUGACGAGCAGCAGCAAUCUCAUGAAGCUGCCGGCGCUGCUGCCGCUGCUGAAGACGAGAAUGAGGCGCCGCACGCUCGCGGACCUGAGGAAAUUGGCGUCGGCGAUCUCGGCCCCCAAAGCGAGACGACGAGCUUUGUGAGCGGCGGGCCAGGCCUUGAUAUGCAAGGCAUCGAUGUCGAGGCUGCGGUGGGCAGGAAAGCUGAGCAGGCUCACGCCACGCCUCCUCCCGAGGGCGUCAAGGAGGAGGGUGCCGCGGCGGAGCAAGCGACAGCCGAUGCCGUUGUUGACGAUGCGGCAUCCGAUACGAAUGUCACGUCGCAUCCGAAGCGUGACGCAGACGAGGAACUCGACGGCCUCGCAACCAAGAAGGUCAAGGAGCACGAGGGUGACGUGGUGGGCGAAGCAACGGAUGCUACAACCACCUCGCCCAAGAAGGAAGACACCAAGGAAGAUAAUGUAGAGAAGACUAGGUCCAGUGAGGCUGGGUUGGAGGAAGGCAAAGAUCAGGGGACUGAGGCUAAGAAGGAUGAUGCGACUGCCGAGACUACGGCGGAGGCUACGGCGGAGGCGGAGGCCGCCGCCAAAGCAGAGAGUGCUUAG